UUGACCACAACCACCAUCGACACCACAAACGCCCUCAUUCAUCAUGGAUCUCCUCAGGCUUGAACAGCAACGUCAGGCUCUCGAACAAACACUUCAAAACCUGCGUAAAAGCUUGAAGGUCUGGCAAACAUGGGAGGCCGAGUAUGAGGGCUUCAAAGAAGAAAUCCAGGAAGCGAAGCCCGAAGAACUGGACCUCAUCAGCAUCAGCAAAUCCUACAGCGGCGAACUUGUCAACGAAAAGGAGAUUCGCGAUUUAGCUGGACUGAACACCGAUUCACCUCGCACUUGUCCACAGAUCGUCGGCAUGGUGUCACGGCGUCAGGAAUACGUGCAGAAGAACAUCGAAACUGUGCAACGUCAAUUCUUUAAUGCGGAAGCCAAACUGGAGGAGUUGGAUUUCGCGGCAUAUUCUGCUGCGAAUCGAGACAGCGCGAAGUCUGGUUUGCCACUGACGGAAAUCCACGAGGAAUUGGACGAAGAUGGAAAUGUCGUCUCCAGCUCCUUGUCGCAACCCGAAGCCGCCACGACGAAGCUGGUCGAUGCUCUACGAAAAGCCGGACUGUCAGAUAGCGAACUCAACCAUCUCUCAUCAGCAGUAGAGAGCGAGCCCGAGGACGAUGAAGACAACGACAAAGCCACGAAGACCGGCGCAACAAAUCUUCCAUCCGCCAUUGUGAAUGCUACUUCGCGAGAAAUGCCGAACGGCGAAGCCAAACACGCUUACGUCGACGAGGCCGGCUCUGAUGGACCAUCCAUCCGUAAGAAGAGUGUUUCGUUCACCGCAGACACGAAGCCUGCGCCAGCUCUUAUCCGUCAAGAGUCAGAAGAUGGCAGGAAAAGCGUGUCGUUCGCGGAGAAGGUCGCCGUCAUGCCGUCUGCGCCGCCACCAGAUUCGAGAUCUGUCUCCUUUUCACCGCAAAUUGAGGAGAUCCCCGCUGAGCCUGCCAAGACUGUCGCGCCUGACGAUGAUCUCAAAGCCGACAUGCAAAAGGCCUUGCGACAGUACUUCAAGCCCGGUGAGAAAGUCGCUUUGCUCGAUGAGGAGGGAAAAUUGGAAUCAACGGAAAUCGUGAUUCCCGAAAACGAAUCGGAGGAAGACGCCAGACUACGUCGCGAAAUGCUGGACUACCAUCUCAACGAAGUCGGCCAUGUGGUAGCGGAGAUGGAGCUCGAGCCCGAUGACUACGAGCUGGACGAGGAGGACAUGGUGUCGACGUCAGACCACGCAUCUUCGGAAUACCAGGACGAGGACACACCAUACACAAGCGGACACUCUGACUCUGACGACGAGGAUGAGGACGAAUUCGGCCGAACCAAGAAGCGUGUCAUCGACGACGAUUACCACAAGCAGAUGAAAGAGCUUGAGAGCAGACUCAUCGGCAAUCUUGGGCCCGCACCCGCGCCGGAGGAUGUCAAUGCUCUGGAUCCUGAAAUCAACCCUGAGGAUAUUCGACGACUUGUGAUUCGCGAGAAGAGAAAUUCAACAUCCGACCUCAGCUCCGACAGCGAGAAGAAAUCAAGCGGCAGCAAGAAGCGCGUUAGCUUCGCCGAUGAUCUGGACGUCGCGCAGCCCGAGUCACCCGCGCUCAAGGCGCAGAAGACCCAAGCUGGCGCAGAGAACGCCGCGCCUAUCGUCGGUGCUGUCGCUGAGCGUUCCACUACCCGUCAACCAACACUGCCCUCAGCGCCAACUCCGGCCAAGACAUCUCGGUUCAAGAAAGCCCGCGAGGUUGAAACAGAUUACGAGGAACUUCCCACCGGUCCCGCGGGCAUGAUCAUGGCGGAAAAACUCAUGGAGCGCCCGACGCCUAGCCGGCGAGUCGCAGCGCCGUCAGAAGACGAGCCGGAUGAAGUCAUGCAGCGGCGCGAACUCGCUGCUGAGUACUACCGCCGUCGCAACGAUAUCAUUCGUCAGCAAGGUGGAUUUAAGGGUACGCCCGACGAGGACGAUGCGGAGGGCGAGUUGAUGGAAGAGAGGGACGGGAAGAUGAAGAAGGUCAGCAGAUUUCGGGCUGCGAGGAUCAAGUCGUGA